GUUUCGCUCGCGUGGAAAGUCACGCAGCUCGGAGGUGUAGAGGACGGAAAAAAAGUUUCGUGACGUGCUUGCCCAUCUAUCUCUCUCUCUUUCGUCCCGUCCAACUAUCUCGUUCCCUCGCGUACAGCGCAUGCAUUGAAAUGUCCGCGUAUUCGUGAGAUUUGGGUCCGCGCGCGGCCAUCGACGACGACGACGACGACGACGACGAAGACGAAGACGAGACCCGUUCGUUCCGCCGUCUCGUAAGGAACCCCGGGUUGGUGGUGAACAAUAAUGCGCAUAUCGGGCAUGCGGAGACCGCAGUAUAAGCGAGGAUAGUUUAGGGUCUCAAAAAUUAAUGUAAAACAAACCAUACUGUCCUAUAGAUGGUACGAAUAAUCAUACCGACAUGUUGAGCCAUUGGCAAGAUCAAAAUAUGCCAAAGGAGAUGCAACAGCAUGUUGACAAUCUGGGUACGCAACCACCACAAAUGUAUAACGUGCCUGUCGAAGGAAUCAAUAAGAAACAUUCCACUAAUUGGUCUAAUGGACAGCAGGGUAUCAGCGAAAUGAGUAAUAAGCCCAAUACCGUGUCGGAUCAAUGGCAUAAUCAAAAUUGCGAGGCCGCGAUGUCCCAUCAUCAGUCCGCGCAUCUAGUACAAACGAAUAAUGUGAACGAUACAUUUAGUUCUUGGCCACAACCGGGAAAUAUCACGACUGCCUCGCCCAAUUGGAGAUAUUCUAACAUACAAAACGAAUCUGUACAUCCAAAUCAACGGUUACAGCAGCAGGUGGAUAACAAUUCAUUCAAGGAGAAUAUGUCACACGAUAAUAAUAGUACUAGGUUUGCUGCAAACGAAUGGCAACAAAUGCAGGCAGCACCACAUUAUGCAUUUGGUUAUACAAUUCAUGGUGUAGAAAACAAAUCGCAACAGAAUUGGCAGAAUCAUACUGACAUGUUGGGCCACUGGCAGGAUCAAAAUAUGCCGAAGGAAAUGCAGCAGCAAGUCGACAAUAUGGGUAAUCAGUGUGCGCAACCGCCGCAAAUGUAUAACACGUCCUCCGAAGGAAUCAAGAAACAUUCCACCAACUGGUCUAAUGGACAGCAGAGUAUUAACGAAACGAGUAAUAAGCCCAACACCAUGUCGAAUCAAUGGCACAAUCAAAAUUGCGAGGCCACGGUGUCUCAUCAGCCCCCGCCUCUAGUACAAACGAAUAACUUAAACGAUACAUUUAGUUCUUGGCCACAAUCGGGCAAUAUCACGACUGCCUCGCACGAUUGGAGAUAUUCUAAUAUGCAAAGCGAAUCCGUACAUCCAAAUCAAUGGUUACAGCAGCAGGUAGAUAAUAAUUCGUUCAAGGAGAACGUGUCGCAGGAUAAUAAUGGUGCUAGGCUUGCCACAAACGAAUGGCAAAUGCAGGCGGCACCGUUCAAUUACGCUCCAGUAGCUACGACUGUACCUACGACUAUAGAAAGUAUUGUACAUACGCCCAACAAUAAUGAACAGCAAGAGAAUGAGAAACAAGUCACGAUAGCUUCAUCUUACGAAUCUCUUAAUCUUGUGAAAGCGAGCGACAUUAAACCAUCGAUCGGAAAUCAUAAUUUGAACUCGGCGAUUGAUAAUGGGCCAAAAAUUGAUAUUUCGAAAAGUGUUCUCGGCGAGAACGAUGAUCGCGCUUUUGUUCCUACAGUGACAGAGGAAUUAUCCAGCAAUUUUGGUCAACUUAAUCUCGAAAACAAAUCGGGGAAGCCCACAGAUUAUUCGGGUGAAUCGUUGGAGAUAUAUCCAAGUUCCGUGGAGGGAAAAGCUCAACACUCGGUUGCUAAUUUUAAUGUGGGAAGUCGUAGUAAUCCUGUUCCUGACAAUAUACCCGUGUUGCCACCGGAUUAUGCGCCAAGCAGCAUGGACAACAUUCAUUCUGCCGACAACCAGCCAGCUGUCAGUCAAGAUCAUCCGAUACCGAAUACAUAUCAAAAUGUUACUAAAACGACGGAUAGUACCUCGCAAAGCGGAUAUGAUCAAUGGUACAAUCAAAGCGCGCUGCAGAACGCGUGGUACGCGAAGGAUCAUUCACGUCCACCCGCCAAACAAAGAAGCGCUCCGGACCAAAAUGUAGAGAACUAUGAAAACAUUCAACAAACGUCCGACUUUGUAAACGUAGAAAUCGUCGUGCCCACGACAUUGCAAGAACGCGAUAUUUACGGCUCGCGGGAUUCCAUAAACAAAGAGAUGUUGGAUAACGAUCCUAGGCCAAAAGCGAGUCCGAAAGAAGGUGUGACGAAUGUACGGGGCUUUAGAGAGGAGAUGAGCAACGUUGAAGUACUGUCGAUGCAGCAGCAAAUACGGCCGCAUCCGCCUCUGCAAACGGAACAGAUGCCGGAUAACUACGAGUUUGCCUCGAACGACAGGAACACAUUCUUGGAGACUGGCGAGUUAACGGAUUCACAUCAGGAACAUGAACCGACGCCACCGACUCAGGAUGACGAGAACGACGAAGUGCCUAACGACAUCCCUUUCCUGCGCGAAGUACCAGGACAAUCGAGCACCAUGGAUCCACGUAGAAACGAUCCUACGGGUCAAGAGCAUCACGUGCAGACCGGGCAACGCCUCUCCGAUCCCAGGAGGAAUGAUCCUUCUGGUCAAGAGCAAAGUAUACAAAUCAGGAAUAUAUCCGACAGAGUAGAGCGUCGCGAUGUCCUUCCAGGUCAAGAGAGAAACGUUCCUCAGCUAUUACGAGGCGAUUCGGACACACUGGAACGACGGAAUGACCCUUCGGGCAGGGAGCGUUCUCUUCCGCCGCAGCAGUCGCGAAACGAUCCGUCCGGCGAGGAGAGAUAUCAGCCGCAGCCACAGAUAAUGAUGGAACCGAGCGAGACUCGCGAAGUACUCGGCCGAGGCAACGAACCCGACGAAGUUGCACGACAGACUCAGGACGCGGAACUCAGACAGAUACCAGGCGGAGCGUCUUCCAACGACGUUACGCAAUUAAUACCCGACGAUAGGACGACGACGACGACCGGUGGUAGAGUAGUUACUGGUUCUCUUCCGGAGAUGAUCCUUUCUCCAACGAUGCCGCAGGAUCCGACGAGCGGCGAUACGCGAAGCAAGCGCGAAGAGGCAGUGGGCGCAUCUCUCGAGAGCGAGACGAGUCAAGGCGUUUCCGCUUUGCCGAAUCGUCGGGAUUCCUACGAGGAUCAAGAGGAGGACGCGGGUUCUCGCGAAAGCCGGGACGAAAGCAGGGAGAGACGACGGGAAACCAGUCCCGAUCGCCGACGAUUCGAAUACGACCGGAAGAAUGCAUAUUACGAUCACGAUCGCGAGUACGAGGACGAUUACUAUUACGAUCGUCGGCGCACAGGCGAUAAUGACCGUCAAUAUAACGUUCCUCGCGAUGACUUUAAGCGACGGGAUAUUCCAUAUCGGGAUGACGAUCGUAAACACCAUAGUCGCGAUGACCUGGAUCGAUACGCUAGAGAAGACAUGGAUAGAAGAGUCAGAGGAAAAGAAGACUUGGAUGAGAGAGAUGGCAGAAGGAGACCGCAGGAUGAUCGUAGGAGAGAAGAUCCGCGUCGUCGGGACAGAGAUCCGAGAGAUUACGACGCGCGGUAUUCCAGAGAUCCUAGGGAUAAAGACUAUGUGGAUCGUGAGAGAAGACGGCCACGAAGAUACGAUCACGAUUACGAUAUUAGAGAUUCAUACAGAAGAGACUAUUACGAUGAUCUUUAUGGAAGAAGUUCUAGGCCUUCAAGUAGAUCUUCCUAUAAUGACAAGGAUCGCGAAUAUUAUGCACGUACAAAGGACCCUUACUAUGCAUAUAAUGCGAAUGCAAGAUAUGGUGGAUAUGAUUAUGGUGCUCUUUAUGGUAACAAUUAUUACGCAUAUCUUGAGAAUUUGCGUCAAACAAAUCCUGCCGCUUAUGCCGAGUGGUAUCACAAAUAUUACACCAGCCACCAACAGCAACAGCAGCAGCAUAUUGCCAGAGGUGUUGGCAAUUAUCCAGAGGAUAGAGCCAGUGUUCAUUCCGGCCGUAGUUCCUGCGAUGACAGGAACACUAGUGAUAAAAGAACAUUGGGUGAUACGCAUUUGGAGGAUUCAACAAUCAUUUCUGCUCGAUUAACUCCAACCAAGUAUUCUACGUCUCAUGCAUAUGGAUGCUUCUCGAUUGGAUCUUUGGUGCAUGUUCAUCCAAGCUAUCCAGCUGAUGGUGAGAGGGCUAAGGUGAACAUUUUUCGUGUAGAUAACUUGCUCUCACAUGAUCCUAUCACACGCGAUUUACGAUCAUAUCCAGGACCUUUAAUUAAUGGCGUAACGCAUAAGAAAACUAUCAUCGAGUAUUGCGAAAAUAAAAUUAAAAAAGCAGUGGUGAAUGAAGAAAUGGUCGAUCGUGCUUCAUAUAUUUUAUUGUAUGAAUUGAUGAUUAUGCUGAUUCAACAAAACGGGAACGUCGUCGGCGUUGACAUCGCCGGGCUUUUACUACGUAACAAGGAUGCUUAUCCUCAAGAUACGAGCAAACUCAGGUCUCAGGAUGUAAAGCGCAGAGAAUCGCAAGUAUCGCAACGAUCUGGGGCGACAGGUAGCGACGGAAGUACCCAGGAUAUUUCCGCGCUAUCUGAGAAACCUGAAACCAAACAGCGGAAAACGACGGAGCAAAUAACAGACGAAUUUAGAGAUACAUUACUUUACGGGCGGAUUCAAGAAGCAUUAGAGUAUGCAAUGAACGAAGGACUUUGGGGCCAUGCUCUCUUCCUGGCUAGUAAACUAGAUAAGCGCACUUACGCUUCUGUAAUGACCCGUUUUGCGAACAGCCUACCACCACACGAUCCUCUACAGACUUUAUAUCAGUUACACUCUGGCCGCGUACCUGCUGUAGUCACAUGCGUUGCAGACCCACGUUGGGAUGAUUGGCGGCCUCAUUUGGCUAUGAUUAUCUCUAAUACUUCAACCAAUCCAGAGAUUAAUCGCCGGUCAAUAACAACUCUCGGAGAUACGUUAUUCGCGAAGGGAGAUAUCCAUGCUGCACAUCUCUGUUACAUUCUCGCGCAAAUCGAUUUUGGUACUUACGGAGGUAAUGGAGUUAAGCUAGUGUUAAUCGGCGCGAAUCAGAACAAGCCGUAUUCUGAAUUUCUUACCAUGGAAGCUAUUAUGCUAACGGAGAUCUAUGAAUACGCUCGAAAUCUUAGUGAUCCGUGCUUCACAUUAGUAGAUCUUCAAACAUUCAAGUUUGAUCUAAUCGUGAAAAUGGUGGACUGUGGAUUAAUAGAAAAGGCUUUAUUAUAUAUCGAACAGAUUGCAACGAAUAUCGCGAACGAUCCGUUGAAAUAUAAGAAAUCUUUCAUUGAAUCGGUUUAUAUACUGGGUGACCGAAUCAAGUACCACGAUCCGAUCUAUAAGGACGCUAUUGAAGAUGCUACGAACUUAAUAUGGCUCAAUAAAUUGGCGGAGAUUAUUGGAAAAUAUCAGGGCAAGGAGACUUUCGAGAAAGAAACGUACGCUUCCCAUACCAUUGUGGAAAAUCAAAAAAUUCACGGGAUAAAACAGCAAUCAUCGUCGCUACAACAAUGGAAUACUAUUCAACCCGAAUAUGGUGACGGACCUAUAUCAAUGAUGGAAGUUAAUACCAACGAAAUGCAGUCCAACUGGCAGCCGCUAUCUCUGCCUACAAAUAUUCAAGAUACAUACGAUCCGAACGCGCAAUACAUGAGAAACAUGGACGAAUCUACUCAACAUCAACAGCCGCAACAACAGGAUUGGAGUCAGCAGUCAUAUUAUCAAGACAAUUAUGGAAGAAAUGAGACUAUACCGUCUAAUUGGCAGCAACAGUCUAUGCCAAGCAUGAACGCCGAUCAAACUGAAAUUAAUAACUCGCAACAACUGGAUAAGUGGAAUUUUGAGACGGAAAGGGAAGACAAAACGCCCACCCCUGAAUCAAAUGUGCAGCCAGCAAUCUCUAUGACACCGGGGAAGCAAUAUGAUCCGUUGGAAGAAUUGGACGCGCUCGACCCAUCACGAGCGAGCUCUAAAUCCCCAACGGAGAUGAAGAAGACAGUCGAGAAGAAACCUGUCAACAGCGGUGGCUCCUGGUUCGGUGGUUUGUUUAGUAAACUCGCGCCGAAACCGAAGAAUCAAAUGAUACUGCCGGACGAUAGUAAUCCAACGAUUGUGUGGGACCCUGUUGCUAAGAAGUGGAUGAAUAAGGAUGAGGGUGGCGUCGGCGGCGCCUCGGCGUUGGUACUACCGCCGAAGACGUCUGACGUCCGUGCGCCAGCGAUGGAACGCGGUGCUUCUUCGCAGCCGCCUCUGCCGAGCGGCGAGGACGCGCCGGCGAUGGAUGCCAUUUCGAAAUUGCCCAUCGUUAAUAGCAAUAUGAACAACAAAUCAAAGAACAGGAUUGUUGCGCGUACCAAUUACCGUGCCAUAGAUGUGACGAAAUCCGAUAGGGGGAAACUCAAAGCACCUAGCACGGCGUCGUUCACCCCCAUGACAUCUCCGCUCGUACCUAUGGCUACUUCGUCCCCGCAGCUGUUCAUCCCCGCACCAAUUAACGAUUCAACCGCUCCAGUGGAUUUCUUGACUCCGGCAGCAACACCACCGUCUGGAAACGUCGUGGAGAAUACGCCGCAAGCACUCUCUCGCUGGAGCUCGACCAGCUCGUUAUCGCGAGAGGUGCAGAGCUACACAAUGAGGGAUCCGCGGCUUCUUCAACGGAACAAGGGACCAAUGAUGUUCAACCCGAGUGACACGAAGGAUCGUUCGGUGAAGAACAUACCAUCUAGCAGAUAUCCUCCACGAUAAUCUUCGCUUAUGCAAAUAAUUUGUUAUUAAAAUUAGGAGAUUUUUUCUUAUCGUCCCGCAGUUAUGUUUAAUGUGGAUAUAUAUUUGUUUCUGUAUAGAAAACGCGACAACAAUAGUACAUUCUUUAGAGUGAUGCUAUACACACGGUGCACAGUUCUCUUUCGAGAAAGAGUAUAUAUAUUUAAACAAUAUAAGAAUUCAGAAGACGUCAUUCUUACGAUGUCCUGUACAUUUCGUUGUCUAGAUAAAUUUUUACAUUAAAUUUUGUUCGAGUUUGUCUCAUUGUUAUAUUUAUCGUGUCAAAUAAAAAAUUGCUUUGAAAAUAUUCAGUAAAUAAGAUUUCCAUACAAUAGAACGAUAUACAAUCUCAAUGGUGCAAUGGGAGAGAUAGCAGAAAUAAAUAAAACUUGAAUAUUCGUUUUGCGAUUUGUAAAUUAAAAGUUUUCCCGCUUCUAAAUUGAAAAAAAGAAUGUGCUUUUGUUUGAUAAAUUUUCACGGAAUGUUUCAUGCAACGAAUUUAUUUGGAAGUUGCUGGUUUCCGCGUAUAAUUAGAAACGCGCAUUCCCAUCGAAUGAUUAUCGCUGUAUUUGCGUUAUCGCGUCGAAUAGGUUAUUAUCAUGUUAUGUAGAAAUGCGCGAGUGCAUUCCCAUUAUUAUUGCUAUAUUAUAUAUUAUACUCUCUUAGCUUGUAUUGUCAUCCUACAAUCGGAUUCGAUGUCAUGCAAAAAAUUUCAAGUUCUGUGCGUGCUGUUUGAAUUAUGCGAGUGAGAUGUAAAGAAGUUUUUAUCUAUAACUUGCAAUCACAGAUUUAAUUAAGUAACAAUUGCCCUUUUCAUUGAAGAGUGUCUUGUAGGUGUACGAUAGAUAAAGAGCGAGAAUUGCAUGGCACAUAAUUGUAGCUUAAUUGCAGAAUUGGUUACAAUACGGCCUCGUCGGUAUAUGUGUUGUAAUACUAAGUCUGAUUUUAUAUAUCAGGAAGAAGGUAAUAUUGUGUGCAGCGCCAGUGAAUAAAACAUGUUAGGAAUAUGAAAAUUUUAUCAAUUGCAAGGGCAGGGGAGUCGCGUUUAUGAGAAGUGUGUGUAUAAUAGAGAGAAAUACUGUUAUUAAAUGUCAGAUUAUAUAUUAUAUGAUAUAAUAUUGAUACACCAAUAAUACCGCAACUGCCAUCAACGUGGAUAGUGCGAAGAGUGAUGAAGAGCGUUUGUAUCGCGUUUCCAUUGUGUUUCAUUCGCGUUAGAUUUAUAAAAUACAUCCGUUGGUGUCUAUCUCCGCGAGGGAUUCGAUAAUAUUAGAAGGUUGUGAGAACUCUCUCUCUCUCUCUUUGAUGAGAGAUGCGUAAAGAGAAAAGCAUCUUAGCCAAGAAAUAAGUGAUUUUAACGCUUUUCCGUGUACGCUAGGAACCUUUUUAUUGAAAAUUAAGUAUUUUAGAAUAUUCAAUUUUCAAUGAACAGGAUGAAAUUUACACAAGUGAAAUUCUACUUACAUGAUUCGAGUUAUCAUCAUUGUACGCUUCUUCCUGUCUUAAUGAAUACUGUCACAUGAAUUGUUCACGGCGAAUGUGGUUCUAAAAUAGUUUUAUUGAAAAUAUCAUUUUCGGCUCGCCCCGCGAUUUUUCUUGUUAUUAAAUUUCCCCUAAAAUUUUGAAAUAAGAAAAAUUUUCGACAGAAUUCUUCGGUAGUAGUAUAUUUCUAGCACGUAAAUGUCCGAUUUUUUUUUUUUUGCCAUUGAUCACAAUUAGAACAGACUGACAGAUCUUUGUAAAUUAUGACUCGUAAUACAUUUUAUAAUUAUGACAUACGCGUAUUAAAUGUAUCGUAAGUAUGCAUAUGUAUAUACUAUAUAUGUAUACUAUAUAUGUAUAUAUGCACUUACGUAUGAAUAUUUGAGAAUGUCGUAACUAUUAUUCGUAAAUAUUAUUCGUAAAUAUUAUUCGUAAAUUAUAUAUGUAUAUACGUGAAGCCUAAGAUUUGUAUAUAUUCUAAAUGUAGAUUUCAUAAAUUUGUCCUAUCGUCACAUUGGAGAAAUAUUUAUAUAGAAAAUUCGCUUGCUUUUUUUUUAUAUACCGAGACAGAAAUUUAAUAAACACGCUAUGCUUUCGCCGAGAUGAAGGAGAGUAACCAGAGCCGCUCUAUUUGUGAUAAAUGGCAAUUUAUUACAACUAAUAUUGUCACUAGUAUAUGGUUAAAGAGUAACUUUCGUUGAAAAUUUGCAUAGCAAAACGCGCCAACGCGUGUUACACACGCUUUUAAUUUUUGUACACAUUUAAUGUAAUCGAGAAUACGGGCGGAAAGAUAUACGUGCAAUUGUAUAAACGUGAGACUCAAUCUUUCUUAUUUUAUUUUUCUUUGUAUUUGCCAUCCUUGUUGAAACAGUACUGCUGCACAUCUUUUUUACGGCGAAAUAUUAUUAGCAUAAAACGAGUAUAAUUGGUCCGCCCGAGCUCGAACAUUGAUAUAUAUUACGAUGGAAUGACUUAGGCGAGGAAAGAGAAUUUUAAGAUUAGCGUUAAAGUUGAACAGAAGUAUUAAUCGAGCUGUAAUGUAUGUAUAGGCCGGUUUACGAACGACACGAUUCGUCUUUGAUGUAACAUAUAAUAUAUAUAUAUAUAUAUAUGCAUAUAUACAUUACUAUUGAUAUUAUAAUAAAUCAAUACAUCAAUCAAGACGCGCGUGUGUGUGUUGCGACGAUUUCUUAAUAGCUACUAGGAUGUAUUGGGAUACAAAGGGAUGAAUAUGUAUAAUCGUGCUAUUAUUUUCGAUCCUUUUAUUAAGUUUAUCAUAAUGUUUCGAAUCGAUACAAUGAUUUCUAUGGUAUACUCAACUGUCGUCUUUCGGGCCACAACGUCGACGAUCGUCUCCCGCACACACGGACGUUAUACUCUGAGAUCAUCACACGUGUGUAUACGGAAUCGGCGACGAGACAACGCGCGCGCGUCUCCGGCGUAAAGAGAGAGAGGCGCGUGUGCGCUCGUUUUCUUGACCAACACGAAGAAAUCAAUCCAAAAAUAUUAUCGUUUCUGCGGCGCACAAUCAUCGGGACAAAUUGGUCGAGUCGGACAGACGGAGGCGGAUGAGAUGACACGGGAUAAUGGGAGGGGAAAGAGGAGAAGGGCUUUUUAUAAGCGACGACAGUUAACGCCGUGACACCGACGAGACACUCCGAGAGGCGAAAAAGAAAACGUAAAUGCAUUUUAACAAUCAGUGUUUAUCAGCGUGCAGCGUCGAGCAAACGACUCGACCCCCACCGGCCGUUUUUUAUUAUCUCUAUAUGUUUUGCCAUUCCCUUUUUUUCUUACGCCCUUAUCGCGUGCAGAAAUCGGAGAAAAGGAUGACGGAGAGGAUGAGAAGAAACGGAGGAGACCGGGGGAGACGUGGGAGGAGAAGAGCGCGAAGGAUAUAAAUAUAUAAUAAUAUCUUAUACCGCGUGUGUGUAUAUAUCCGUAAAUACGUUGAACGUUAUUUCUUUCUCAUCGCUCUCUCUCUUUCUCUUUCUCUCUCUCUCUCUCUCACACACACACACACUCACUCACUCUCUUUCUCGCAUAUCGCGCGUCCGUAUUAUCGAUCUGUAUUUCUUCUUUUUUUUUAAAUUUUUUUCCUUUUCUUUUGUGUUCUCGUUUCAUUUAUUAAAUGUUAGGUAGAGCCUAUAAGGGACGCCCGGAGGCGCACUCACAGCGAACCUCGGGUGCGCUUUUCUCGUAUACUAGCUGUGCCGGAACGCACUUGUACUGGUCGCACGAUCGGCGAAAGAUUCGGCUAAAGAUAGCGUGGCCGCGUCAAGAGAUCGUAGUUUAUAAUUUUAAACAAUUAUCAUGAGAAUCCAUUUACUUACGGCUAUAUAGACGGUUAUCAAUCAAUAAUCACGCAAUCGCGAAUUAAUCCGACAUCGAUUACGAUCCGCGAUCAACAGUUUUAUAUUGUCGCUUUAUACGUUUUAUUUAUAUAUACGUAAAAAAUACAAAAUAGAAAUAGAGAUAUUCGAAUAAAUAUAUUCUCUUCGGAAUUAUGUUACGAAAAUUAUAUGCUGCACUCAGAAUUAAUCAAAAAGAAAAAUUGAAUUGAAUAUUUUGAUAUAAGACUUGUAGGCAUGAUAAUAGAUUGUACAAAUAGCAAAUCGAGAUAAAUGUGGAGAAAAUUGCAUUCGGCAGUCGAUCUUUAGCCGAGCGAUUCGCUCGCGACAUAUUAUUUAACAACAGAGUUUAACCACCUAAUUGUUCGGAGGAUACUCAUAACUCUCGUCUUGACUUUGUUUAUACAAUGCGAAUGGGAUAUCCUUUUUUCUCGUUUACCUACGUAUUAGGUAAUAAACGAUUCGUUUGCAAUUCAUUAUUACAAUCAAUAAACAAUAAGUGAAAAAAUCAUCGUGGUCUUUGAUCGAUAAGGUAUGAACGUUUGAAAAAAAAGAAAAGUACAUCUCUUCUUCCUCUCUCUCUCGAAUCGACAUGAUAAACUUUAAUAACCCUUUAAUAAGAGCAGCGAUACUUGUCAUCGUCAUAAUGGUACAAUUACAAUGCGAUUAUCACAAUGCGAGAACCGCUAAUAAUAGUAAUAAUCAUAAUAUCAAUGAUAAUAAUAAUAAUAAUAAUGGCAAUAAUAAUAAUUAAGAAUAAACUAAAAAUUAAUAAUAAUAAUAAUAAUAAUAAUCUUCGUUAUACACUAAUUGCCAUCGCCAUUACAAUGAUGCACUUAUGCCAUUAUGGUUGCCUAUAUACUAUCCUCUUUUAUAUAUACUUCUAUAUAUAUAUAUAUAUAUAGCUACAAUAUAUAAUAUUUUCGUGUUGAAAAAUCG